UGUCUGGCUGGGGCAACACCGCCAUGGGCGGCGAGGUAAACCUUCCCACACGCCUGCAGUGUUUGGAUGUGCCCAUACUGGAUGGGAAGUUGUGUGAGGAGUUCUACCCCGGCAUGUGCGUAGGAUACAAGGAAGGAGGAAGGGAUGUGUGCCACGGGGAUUCAGGCAGUCCUCUGGUGUGUCUCGGGGAGCUUCAUGGCCUGGUGUCCUGGGGCCGGGCCUGUGCAGAGCCCGGGUCCCCUGGAGUCUACGUCAAGGUGUGCGAGUUCCUCGAGUUCCUCACCUGGAUCAAAGACAACAUGGAGGCCAACCCAUGAUGCAGAUAGAUGGCUUCCUUUGGGGUUUCCUCCCUCCCUCCUUUCCCCUCCCCUCCCCUCCAUCCCUCCCUUCCAUUCCUCCCUCCCUCCUUCCCUUCAUCUCUACCCCCACUCUUUCAGUCUUUCUGAAGCAUUGUCUGCCAUCUCAUUCUCUCUCCUUUUGUAAAACACUGGAUAAAAACCUCACCAUUCCCCACAAUG